GGACGCCUAACAAACACCGAAAAAUCGUAAAUUUUCAUCAAAUUUCCUUAUUAUUAUAAGAAAUUUCUUACUUUUUUGUGUCUCAACGAUCUCCUGAGCAACAAUGUCUGUUCGCACAUACGGAGAUAAGCCCGUAAGCUUCCAACUCGAGGAAGGAGGAGAAUAUUAUUAUGUCGGUUCUGAGGUUGGAAAUUACAUGCGUCUCUUCCGAGGGCUUUUAUAUAAACGUUAUCCUGGCAUGACUCGAAUCACGCUUUCGAACGAGCAACGCAAAAAACUAAUUGACUCCGGCAUUUCGAGUCAUAUGCUUGCCAGUUCUGUGUCGUUGUUGAAAGCGAAUGAAGUUGAAGAUAUCAUCGCUGGAAAUGACGAAAAGUAUAAAGCUGUUGCAGUUCAUACAAGUGAACCAACAAUUCAACGCGAAAGUAAAUCAAAGAAACAACCUCCAUGGGCGCCUACAAUGCCAAAUUCGAGUCAUCAUUUGGAUGCGGUGCCUCAACCGACAGCGAUUAACAGAAAUCGUGUUUAUCAGAAGAAAAUUCGAACGUUCCCCAUGUGCUUCGAUGACACUGAUCCAACGAUAAAUUUGGAAAAUGCAAGUCAACAGGAAGUUUUGGUGCCAAUUCGAUUGGAUAUGGAGCUCGAAGGUCAAAAAUUACGCGAUACUUUCACUUGGAACAAAAACGAAUGCAUGAUUUCGCCCGAGCAAUUUGCUGAAGUGUUGUGUGAUGACUUAGAUUUGAACCCGUUGACAUUCAUACCGGCAAUUGCAGCAGCAAUUCGUCAACAAGUCGAAGCUUUUCCAUCGGAAAAUCUCUUAGAAGACAGUUGCGAUCAACGAGUCAUCAUAAAAUUGAACAUUCAUGUCGGCAAUACAUCGUUGGUCGAUCAAAUCGAAUGGGAUAUGAGCGAAAAAGACAACAAUCCCGAAGAAUUUGCCGUUAAAUUGUGUGCUGAACUCGGAUUAGGCGGAGAAUUCGUAACAGCAAUUGCAUAUUCGAUUCGAGGACAAUUGUCGUGGCAUCAACGCACCUACGCCUUCAGUGAGGCUCCAUUAUCGACAGUUGACGUACCAUUCCGUGUCAUUAGCGAUUCAUGGGCUCCGUUCUUGGAGACAUUAACUGAUGCCGAAAUGGAGAAGAAAAUCCGCGAUCAAGAUCGUAAUACGCGACGAAUGCGUCGUUUGGCUAAUACCACGCCUGGAUGGUAAAAAAAUCCUAAUUUUAAGCGAAUUUCAUAAGUUAAGCUCAAUAAAACGUGACAAAUUCAA